CUCGCUGAAGAUGCCUCGAGACUUUACCGACGUUCCUCUCUUUUAAACCCUUUAUCUAACACAAACAGGAAUCUGAAUCUCCAGAUAGACUACGAUCCUAGCAGGAAGUUAGCUUAGCUUGCUAGCUUGAAAUCAACAACCACUUAUCUGACAAACGUGUGUUGGAACGUGUUUUGUAAUUGUUUAAAACAUGUCUAAAGCACAAAUACUGAGAUCUUUAGUCAACCAGCGACUCACUGCAGCUGCUGAAGAGAUAUUUGAGCUGUUUGAAAGAACGAUAGCAGAGCACGAGGAGGAACUUUCUCGUUCUAAAGAGGAGAACGAGCGACAACGGAAACUCCUGGACGCUGUUUUCAACCCUGAAGUCCGGAUUCAAAGAGCAGUAUUUCCUGCAAACCUCAAGAAGUUUACAGUGGUUAAAGAAGAGGUUCUACCUGAGCAGCAGGAAUGGAGCUCCAGUCUGGACCAGGAGGACCCAGAGCCCCCACACAUUAAAGAGGAACAGGAGGAACUCUGGACCAGUCAGGAGGGAGAGCAGCUUCAAGGACUGGAGGAGUCUGAUACCAAGUUCUCAUUCACUCCUCUGAAGAGAGAAGAAGAUGAAGAGGAAGCUCAGUCCUCACAGCUUCAUCAAAGACAAACUGAACAGAUGAAAACAGAAGCUGAUGAAGAGGACUGUGGAGGACCAGAACCAGACAGGAACUCAGAUCCAGAUAGACAUCCAGAACCAGAUACUGAUGAGAAGACUGUAGACUCUUCUGAACCUGAGACUGAUGACAGUAGUGAUUGGGAGGAGACUCAGGAACCUCAGUCAGAUUUAAACCCUCUGCAAAACAAUGAAGUAAAAGUAAGUCAUAUCGACUGUAAUACGGAAAACUCAUCAAUCAGCUCCUCUGAAUGUGCUAGAAGCUUUUGCAACAAGGGACAUCUGAAGAAACACACUGGAGGCUAUUUAGGAGAACACCUGAGAAUCCAUUCUCAGGAGAAACCUUUCAGUUGUUCAGUUUGUAGUAAAGGUUUCACACUAAAAGGAGCUCUAAGACAACACUUGCUGGUCCACACAGGGGAGAAACCUUUCAGUUGUUCAAUUUGCAGUAAAGGUUUCACACUAAAAGGAGCUCUAAGACAACACUUGCUGGUCCACACAGGGGAGAAACCUUUCAGUUGUUCAGUUUGUAGUGAAGGUUUCGCACUAAAAGGAGCUCUGAGACAACACUUGCUGGUCCACACGGGAGAGAAACCUUUCAGUUGUUCAGUUUGUAGUAAGGGUUUCACACAAAAAGGAUCUCUGAGACAACACUUGCUGGUCCACACAGGGGAGAAACCUUUCAGUUGUUCAGUUUGUAGUAUGGUUUUCACACAAAAAGGACAUCUGAGACAACACUUGCUGGUCCACACGGGAGAGAAACCUUUCAGUUGUUCAGUUUGUAGUAAGGGUUUCACACAAAAAGGAUCUCUGAGACAACACUUGCUGGUCCACACAGGGGAGAAACCUUUCAGUUGUUCAGUUUGUAGUAUGGUUUUCACACAAAAAGGACAUCUGAGACAACACUUGCUCGUCCACACAGGGGAGAAACCUUUCAGUUGUUCAGUUUGUAGUAAAGGUUUCGCACUAAAAGGAGCUCUGAGACAACACUUGUUCGUCCACACAGGGGAGAAACCUUUCAGUUGUUCAGUUUGUAGUAAAGGUUUCUCACAAAAAGUAGCUCUGAGACAACACUUGCUGGUCCACACGGGAGAGAAACCAUUUAGUUGUUCAGUUUGUAGUAAGGAUUUCGCACGAAAUACAAAUCUGAGACAACACUUGCUGGUCCACACAGGGGAGAAACCUUUCAGUUGUUCAGUUUGUAGUAAGAGUUUCACACAAAAGACACAUCUGAGACAACACUCACUCGUCCACGCAGGGGAGAAACCAUUCAGUUGCGUUGUUUGAGAUCCAAGUUUUGCUCGGCUCUGUUAGGUCAAUAAACACAAGUGUGUUGGCGAGCGCAACAGAAGUAAAUGAAGCUGAAGAAAUGCUUUUUAAGACAGUUUUUUCAAGAGCAAGGUUAAGACUCGGUAGAUGAAGCUACUCAAACAAUUUUUUCUCUGUAUCGGUAUUUGUGUUUUACUACCAUUUGUUGUUCUAGAUGGUAAGUUAAUAAUUUAAAGAACUAACUCCAAAUAACAAAAUGUGUUAACAAUUUAAUUGUCUUGAAAUGCUCAAACUGUAUUUGGGGUUAUUGAAGUCAGAAGUCUACCGACUAACUUCAAUUGGACACAAUCCAACAGCUGAGGUGUUGGAUUUUCCUAUUUGCCUUUUAUAUGAUGGGUUCAGAUUUUUCAAGCUUGGGUUCAUGUCUGUUGCUGUAGUUUUUCUUUUAGUGGGUGUCUUUGUCCUCGGGCUAUAAAUAUGUUUUGUAUGCAAUAUCUUAUUAGAAAGUAACUAGCUCUCAAAUAAAUGUAGUGGAGUAUUUUCCCUUUAUGCUGAUUUAAAUUGCUACUCCGGUACAUUUCAGAUGGAAAGAUGGUGCUACACUCGUGACGAGAGAUUCUCUAGUUAUAUUGGUCACUCUUCAGACUAAGACUUUAUAUUGAAGACGUACAGUGAGUUACAUUUAAUCACAAUGCAUUUGUAUCAAUAACAACCAGUGGUGCAAAGUUACCUGUCAUGUCUCAGAUCAGUUGUAAGCAGUUCCACCAAAGAGACAUUUCCACUCUAAACUUAUUAAAUAUCUCAUGGUUCCAUUUAAAUAAGUGUUUCCUGGCGAGGAGAUUGUUUUUUACAUUUUUUUUAUGAGUUUAUAAAUCACUAAAGUUUCCUACAUUCCUUAUGUCCUCUCUUUCAUUCAUCAUUGUGGUUCUUUAGCAGAAUAUAAAUAGUUCCUGGUUUAAAGUUGCAGGAUUUUACUCUUUAUGCUGAUGAUAUACUACUCAUUAUUUGAUUUUGAAUAUAAAGCAUUUAUAACCUCUAUCAUGUAUUCUUAAAAUGUCUUUAUACCGUCAUUUCAGAGAAAUUAAAACAUUUUCAUCAGAUCAGUUCUUCCUCAGGAUUUAGAACAGUUACUGUUACUAUAAAGAGAAAAUCACAUAUUUGGAAAAUAAUAAACAUGAA